AUGCCUCCCCCACCGCCAUCUCACCCGCUGCGUGUCCGAUGGGCAGUUGCCAUGAUCAUGGCCCUCUUGCAGUACAUUCUUCUUGGGGUGAUGGUCUAUGUCCAGCCACAAUACAUCAAAACAGAGCUUCAUAACUCAGCUCUUACUGGCCGGGCUUGGCUCAAUGAACUGCUCAAUAGUGAGCAUCCAGACCGUAUCUACAUUGCUCUUGGGAUGCGGCGGCAUGUAUUCCUAGCCCUUGUGCUCCAAAUCCGCUCGAUGGGGUUCAUGGAGUCUGGGAAUUCACGAAUUAUGCUUGACGAGUCACUUGCAAUUUUCCUCUAUACAUGUGUUACUGGGCUUGCUAUCGACCACGUUGCGGAGCGCUUUCAGCAUUCACAUACUACUAUAUCUGAGCACUUUCACAAAAUACUGGAUAUUCUUUCAGGCCAAGAUUUUUAUACCACUUUUGUGCGACUCCCCGAUCCCAAUGCUCCUCCUCCAGUCGCAAUCCGGACAAAUCCAAAAUGGUGGCCCUACCUCAAGGAUGUCCUUGGUGCAAUUGAUGGUACCCACAUUGCAUUGCACAACUUCAUCAUGGACCACGAUCCAACAGAUCUCGACCGGUGGAUUAUCGAUGAGCAGGCUGAAGAUAUGUUCCCAGGUACCGUUCGCCGUGCACCCAUCAUAGACUUCGGUCUUCUCUCAACAUCAGAGCGUAUUGGGGCAGCGGAAAAACGACGAGCAGAAAAUACUCGGGAUGGUAUAGCAGCCGCGAUGUGGGAGGACUAUCAGGAGAUUCUACGAGAACGGGCACUUGAGAUGCAACAAGAGCUUAUGGAUGUAGAUCUAACGAUUGAACCAGUGGAUUAG